AUUCCAGCAUUUACAAAAGUAACACGAGUUAACUCUCAAGAUUAUGGUGUCAAAUUAGUCGAUACAGCUGGACAGGAUGAAUAUAGUAUAUUUCCCGUACAAUACAGUAUGGAUUUUCAUGGUUAUGUUUUGGUCUAUUCUAUUACCAGUCAAAAAUCUUUUGAAGUUAUAAAAAUUAUUUACGAAAAACUAUUAGAUGUUAUGGGCAAAAAAUAUGUACCUGUAGUGUUGGUGGGUAAUAAAACAGAUUUACAUCAAGAACGCACAGUGUCCACAGAAGAGGGUAGAAAAUUAGCUGAAUCGUGGCGUGCUGCAUUUUUAGAAACUUCUGCUAAACAAAAUGAGUCUGUGGCUGAUAUUUUCCAUCAGCUUUUAUUGUUAAUUGAAAAUGAAAAUGGUAAUCCUCAGGAGAAGAGCAGCUGUGUCAUUUCGUGAGUCAUUUUAAGCUUAGCUUAAAAGUCACAACUUGUCGUCGUACCACAUUACAAAAACAAAAUAAUAAUAAUAUAAAACAACAAACAAUUAAUUAAUUGAACAUUGGCUGUACCGCCUCAAUAGCAACAACAAGUAAAUGAUACAUAUACCGUUUUUAAUUUUUUUUUAUAAAUAUUUCUUAAAAUGAUUUUAUCUUUUUUUUUUCUUAGUUUAAUAUUUUUUUCUUUAAAAUAAUUUCCCUUUAUUUCAUUUCUUUUUUAAUAUUUAGUUAAUAAUAGAUGAAAAAUCCAUAAAAAAAAGGAAUUAAAAAAGAAACAUUUAAGUUUAAGCAAUGCCUAAAUAGCAACUAAUUUUCAUUUUCUUUUUAUAUUAUAAAUAAAAGUUUUAGUUAAUUUUCUCUUAAAAAAAA